AAUUCACGUUUUCGCUAUAAGAGCAGCUUAACUAAUUUCCACGGAAAAUAGUCGCCAGCCGCUCCACGUCUAGGGUUUUCUGCAACCGAAGAAAUGGGAAAAGGUACAGGAAGCUUUGGGAAGAGGAGGAACAAGACGCACACACUGUGCGUUAGAUGCGGACGCAGGAGCUUCCACAUCCAGAAGAGCCGAUGCGGUGCUUGUGCUUAUCCCGCCAGCCGAGUUCGAAAAUAUAACUGGAGUGUGAAGGCAAUUAGGAGGAAGACAACUGGAACUGGCAGGAUGAGGUACCUCCGACAUGUUCCACGCAGGUUCAAGAGCAACUUCAGAGAAGGUACUGAAGCUGCUCCAAGGAAGAAGAGCGCGGCUGCAGCAUAAGUUUAGAAGAGCUAUAUUGUUAAGUUAUUUCUGAGUUUGCAAAUAACAAAUUUUGGAUCAUUGUCUAAGUAGUGUUACUUUAUAUCUGCCACAAUUUGUUUUAAAAGUUAAGUAAAUUAUUUUGAUUAUGGAUGGUAA